UGGCCGUCAGCAGCCCUGCAUAACGGCUGCAGCCUCCUUUUCCCGUUAGACGGCAGCCUCUGCCAUGAGGCCCUACAUCAUCAACAUUUUGUAAGGGCUAGUCAAUCCCCAACUGUAGAAAAGGAGAAGAUGCAGCUUUGCCCCCACGUGAUGCCCGCUAGUCCGAAAAAGUGUUGAUUCCAGGGUCUCACAACUUUACAAACUCCCCUCACUUCGCUUGUGGUUUUGGAGAUAACAAGAUCAACAUGUCGCAACUGGACUCGAAAGUUGCCUCGGUCAUUGAUCGUGCCGCAAAGAACGAUGAAUCGGACGAGGACGAUCUGAUCGCACAGCUCGAAGACGACUCAGAAUUAGACGCCUUCCGAGCCCAACGGAUACAGCAACUCCACGAUGAAUUCGACAGAGCUCGACGGCUGAAGGCUAGCGAGCACGGCACGUACAGUGAGGUCAAAGACGAAAAGGCUUUGAUGGACAUCACGACGAGCACGAAGAAUUGCAUCGUCCAUUUCUUCAAACCGGACUUCAACCGCUGCCGCAUUAUGGAUACCCACCUAGAGUCCCUGGCACCGUCACACUAUGAAGCUCGAAUAUUGAAGAUCAAUGUCGAUAAUUGCCCGUUUCUAGUCACCAGAUUAGGGGUUCAAGUGCUCCCGUGUGUCAUUGCAUUCAUCGACGGCAUUGGUGCUGACCGCAUUGUUGGCUUUGAAGGGCUGGGACGAUCGCCAGACAACUUCACUGUGCGCGAUCUAGAGGCUAGGCUGAUUAGAGCUGGCGUCUUCGCGAGGACCAAGGUUACCAAAGAGGACGAGGAAGAGCGCAAGCAGAGGAGUAAGAUGACAGCCAAGUACGACGACGAGAAUGACGACGACUGGGACUGAGGAGGAAGGUAGCGAGCAUUGGAUGAACGGGCGGGCCUUUGAUUACUCAGCUAAGAAGUCGAUGCUAUGAAGUAUAGGCUCUUCCCCAGCGGGACAAGGUACACGCUUGUCAUCUAAGUUGCUAAGAGGAUUGGCGUGGACGCUCAACUCCGCCACUACCACCCAGCUAUGGCACAGUAGACAAGAUAUACUGUCUGUCUGUUUCACAAGUGGCCCGAGACUUGAUGACGCAGGAUGAAAUGAGGAUUAUAUGAAGACAGAGCCGUGGAAACGUAG